CAAAAAUCGGUUGCCUGUCAACAAAGCCCCCCAAUUAUUCGGCUACCUUUGUGCAUUGGUGGGACGACGUAUCAAAAGGAAUAUUUUUGCCAGCGGCUCUUGCCUGUGUCCUUAUGAUGACAGUCUCCACGCCGGCUACGCCAGCUUCAAACAAGGAGAACCUCGUACCCAGAAGCCGCUUCCCAACUCCGCAGUCUCUUGACCGCCUACACAAACCGUUCAAAUGCCCCGGCUCGGCAACGCGCACUGUGGUCACUGACCGCCCGGCUCGAAAGCGAAGGAAGGUCGACUACGGCGGCGCCGAUGGGGAGGCCGACGCUGACAAGCCCUACACCAAUGCCGAUCGUCUUGCACUGGCCAACCGAGAUGCAAACAAAUUCCCAGUUUUCCAAGUCAAGGACAAAAACAAGGUAUUCCGGAAAGCCUUCUCCGUCCCCUUCGUCAACAAGAAUACGGCCGCCUACAAUCCAAACCGGCCACCCCCGACGCUGGGGCUAAGACAAGGAGCUGUUUUUGUAGCGAAGCCACUGCACGACCCAAGUGGCGAGUUCGCUAUCGUGCUGUACGAUCCGACCAUCGAUGACAAGCCCAAAGAUGCACCAAAGCCGGAUGCAGCGGCGAAGGAUACUGAGCCGGUACCUAAGCUCGACGCACCGCUCAUGCACAAGAGUCUUGCCGAGAUUCUAGGGAUCAAGAAAAAGGUGGUCGGAGAACACCCGAAAGUCCCCGUUGUCAUCGAUCCCAAGCUCGCCAAGGUCCUUCGGCCGCAUCAGAUCGAAGGUGUCAAGUUCAUGUACCGGUGUGUGACGGGCAUGAUUGACGAAAAGGCGAAUGGCUGCAUCAUGGCUGACGAAAUGGGCCUCGGAAAGACGCUGCAAUGCAUCACUCUCCUCUGGACUCUCCUCAAGCAGUCUCCGGAGGCUGGCAAGACCACGAUUCAGAAGGCCAUUGUGGCUUGCCCUUCGAGUCUGGUGCGAAACUGGGCAAACGAGCUUACAAAGUGGCUGGGCGCCGACGCUAUCACUCCCUUCGCCAUUGAUGGCAAGGCAUCCAAGGAGGAGCUGACUCGACAGCUGCGCCAGUGGGCAAUUGCAAGCGGCCGUGCCGUAACGCGACCCGUCAUUAUCGUCUCGUACGAGACGCUCCGGCUCAACGUUGAAGAACUCAAGAACACGCAAAUCGGUCUGAUGUUGUGCGAUGAAGGACACCGCCUCAAGAAUGGAGACAGCCAGACCUUCAACGCCCUGAACAACUUGAAUGUCUCUCGCCGCGUUAUCCUUUCGGGGACACCUAUCCAGAACGAUCUCUCCGAAUACUUUUCACUUAUUAGUUUUGCCAACCCGGAUCUCCUCGGAAGCCGCCUCGAGUUCCGCAAACGCUUUGAACUGCCCAUCCUCCGGGGCCGCGAUGCUGACGCCACCGAGGCAGAGCGGCAGCGCGGCGACGAGUGCCUAGCCGAGCUGCUCGCCAUCGUAAAUAAGUUCAUCAUUCGACGCACAAACGAUAUCCUUUCCAAGUAUCUCCCGGUCAAGUAUGAGCACGUUGUCUUCUGCAACCUGGCACCCUUCCAACUGGCCCUGUACAACUAUUUCAUCACCUCCCCCGACAUUCAAGCCCUGCUUCGAGGCAAAGGCUCCCAGCCGCUCAAGGCCAUUGGCAUUCUCAAGAAACUAUGCAACCAUCCAGACCUCCUGGAUCUCUCAGCUGAUCUUCCAGGCUGCGAGAAAUUCUGGCCCGAAGAUUACGUUCCCAAGGAAGCCCGUGGGCGCGACCGCGACGUCAAACCGUGGUACUCGGGCAAGAUGCAAGUCCUCGACCGCAUGUUGGCCCGCAUUCGCGCCGAAACCGACGACAAGAUUGUCCUCAUCAGCAACUACACCUCUACGCUGGACUUGUUCGAGCGCCUCUGCCGCUCGCGCGGGUACGGCUGCCUGCGGCUGGACGGCACCAUGAACGUCAACAAACGGCAGAAGCUAGUCGAUAAGUUCAACGAUCCGGCGGGCGAGGAGUUUGUCUUUCUACUGUCCAGCAAGGCAGGUGGGUGCGGGCUGAACCUGAUCGGAGCCAACCGGCUGGUGCUCUUCGACCCGGACUGGAACCCGGCGGCGGACCAGCAGGCGCUGGCGCGCGUGUGGCGUGACGGGCAGAAGAAGGACUGCUUUGUCUACCGCUUCAUCGCGACAGGCACCAUCGAGGAGAAAAUCUUUCAGCGCCAGAGCCACAAGCAGUCCUUGAGCUCGUGCGUCGUCGACUCGGCCGAGGACGUCGAGCGUCACUUCAGCCUCGACUCGCUGCGCGAGCUGUUUCAGUACCGCCCGGACACAAAGAGCGAUACCCACGACACCUUCAAGUGCAAGCGCUGUCGCCCGGAUGGCAAGCAGUAUAUUAAGGCGCCCGCCAUGCUCUACGGUGACACGAGCACCUGGAACCAUUUCGUCAAUGAGGGUCUCGCUCCUAUCCAGGAUCACCUGCUCAGACAGGAGUGUGGCGAGCCCGAGGUUAGCGCCGUGUUCCAGUAUAUUUCGCAUUGAGACAGGAUGAGGUCAUGAUGCCCGGGCUGAGGCUUGGCGUUGGUGUGGUAUAUUCGUUGCUUUGCUUGGUUUUGUUGCUGUGUAACUGGAAGGAGCUGGGAGUGUUUCAAGGAUUGCUGCCGUGCUGAGAGUAGACCGUGGGAUGCCAGGAAAAGAGCAUAGAUGCAAGGCUGCACGCAUAGACAAGCUAGGGACUGGCGUGGUGAAACAGGUAUCCAGCCUAUUGUUCGUACGCCUUUUCUCGCUAUAUACAUUUAUAUAUGUAGAUAAACAUC